AUGACGUCCCAAGAAGAAUUGAACUCUGAAUCUCAGAGCAAGGAUCUGCCGUUUCCCAAAUACUUUUCGGCCCUCGCUGCGAACUAUGCACAACAUACUGGCGACAGUACACGCCUUCAUGAUAAUGCUGCGGGCCCGGGAACGGCAACGUCGAUUCUCGUCGAAAAAUUCCCAGCUGGCGAGCUGCCGGCGAUCUUGAUCACUGAUAAUGUGCCGCCGAUGAUACAAGGUGCGAAGGAGUCAUUUGCAAGCUGGCCGAGGAUCGAAACCCGUCUGCUUGAUUCGCUCAACAUGCAGGAUAUUCCCGCCGACCAUUUCACGCAUAGCAUUCUAAACUUCAGCGUCUUCGCCUUCUCCAAUCCUCUCCAGGCACUACAGGAGAUUCAUCGCACGUUGAAGCCCGGUGGCCUGGCUGCCCUCUUGACCUGGAAACGAUUCGGUGCCGGCGAGGUAGUCCAUGCCGCACAGGCAAUGGUGAGACCGGAGCUCCCGCCGAUGAAGGUUCCUCACUCCGAGUUUCUCGAAGAGGGCGUCUUGCGAGAUAGCGCUGUUGAGGCCGGAUUCGAUGCUUCGGCUAUUCAUGUAUCGCAGCAGAGCCUUGUCGUGAAUGGCCCCAACCUCGAUAACGGGUUGAAGAACUUUCUGCUUGGAGACUUCACUCGACCAGCUCGUGCUGGGUGGACAGAGGAAGAGGCUGGUCGGUGGCCUGAAGUCAUUGGCAAGGCAAUCCAGAACGAAUUGGAGCUCUAUGGCGGCGUCAAGUUUGAGUCAUGGGUGGUCAUCGCGAAGAAAUAG